AUGGGUGUGGCAACAAACAAUCACGAUAUGGAGGAGGGAACGCUUGAGAUCGGCAUGGAGUAUAGAACUGUUUCCGGAGUUGCUGGACCUCUUGUUAUACUUGAAAAAGUGAAGGGACCCAAAUAUCAAGAGAUUGUUAAUAUUCGUUUGGGCGAUGGAUCAACCCGACGUGGUCAAGUCUUGGAAGUUGAUGGGGAGAAAGCUGUUGUUCAGGUUUUUGAAGGAACCUCUGGGAUUGACAACAAGUUUACAACUGUGCAAUUUACUGGAGAGGUUUUGAAAACUCCUGUCUCAUCAGACAUGCUUGGUCGCAUUUUUAAUGGUUCUGGGAAGCCUAUUGAUAAUGGCCCUCCCAUUUUGCCUGAGGCUUAUUUGGAUAUAUCUGGGAGUUCUAUCAACCCUAGUGAGAGAACCUAUCCUGAGGAGAUGAUUCAGACAGGGAUUUCUACAAUUGAUGUCAUGAAUUCUAUUGCCAGAGGACAGAAGAUCCCUCUGUUUUCUGCUGCUGGUCUUCCCCAUAAUGAAAUAGCUGCUCAAAUAUGUCGCCAAGCAGGGUUGGUCAAGCGACUGGAGAAGUCUGAAAAUCUUCUUGAGGGUGGGGAGGAGGACAAUUUCGCCAUUGUAUUUGCAGCUAUGGGUGUAAACAUGGAGACUGCACAGUUUUUCAAACGUGACUUUGAAGAAAAUGGGUCAAUGGAAAGAGUGACCCUCUUUCUGAACUUGGCAAAUGAUCCUACAAUUGAACGUAUUAUUACUCCUCGUAUUGCUCUUACAACUGCAGAAUAUUUGGCAUAUGACUGUGGGAAGCAUGUUCUUGUCAUAUUAACAGAUAUGAGUUCUUAUGCUGAUGCUCUUCGUGAGGUGUCUGCUGCGCGAGAAGAAGUGCCUGGAAGGCGUGGUUAUCCUGGGUAUAUGUACACUGAUUUGGCAACAAUAUAUGAGCGUGCUGGUCGUAUUGAAGGACGAACAGGCUCCAUCACCCAGAUUCCAAUUUUAACUAUGCCAAAUGAUGAUAUAACUCAUCCCACCCCUGAUCUUACGGGAUACAUCACAGAGGGACAGAUUUAUAUUGACAGGCAGCUAUACAAUAGACAGAUUUAUCCUCCAAUCAAUGUCCUCCCAUCUCUGUCUCGUCUCAUGAAGAGUGCCAUUGGUGAGGGGAUGACUCGCAAGGACCAUUCUGAUGUAUCCAACCAGCUGUAUGCAAACUAUGCUAUUGGAAAGGAUGUCCAAGCCAUGAAGGCUGUGGUUGGAGAAGAAGCUCUUUCUUCUGAAGAUCUGCUAUAUUUAGAGUUCUUGGACAAAUUUGAGAGGAAAUUCGUUUCCCAAGGAGCUUACGACACCCGCAACAUCUUCCAAUCACUCGAUUUGGCAUGGACUCUGCUCCGCAUCUUCCCCCGUGAACUACUCCACCGUAUACCUGCCAAGACUCUGGACCAGUUCUACAGCCGAGAUGCAGCCAAUUAA